CUCUGCUGCCAGAGUCACAGAUGUGUCCCCACCCUCUGUCCGCUCCUCCAGGGUCACGUCUGUGGACGUCAACACUGCUACGAAGAGUACAGUAACGUAAUGCUAAAGUUGAAAAUAUGUUCACUCCUAUGUACAUUUUUUUUAAAGUGCAGAUGCCGAAUGGUCUUCGGUUAAGCCUCUCACCCUGCAGCACCACAUGCAGGACCUUUGGCUGCGGCUGCACAGCUGCAGCGUGCAGAGGCAGCUGGCCGCUGCUGUCGCUCUCUCUGAAGGCAGACGCACAACCUGACAGCUCCCGCAGCGCAUACACGUCACCUGUGGAGACACAAGCACGAUCCACGCAGCACUCCCAGGGAAGCAUUUUGUAAUAUUCAUGGAGUGAACACAGCGAGUUCAUGCACACAGACACGGACGUUUGUAUUUAUUUGUAGGUUAACUUUAGUAAGAAUGAAACUUCAACGCCACGUGCACUUAUUCUUGGGCUAAAACGACAGACAGAUUUAAAUAUAUUACCUUUGUGAAUGGCUGCCAUUAUCUUCAUGAAGUUGUCACUGUUUGGUUCCUUUCUACUGAACCAAAGGAGAAUAGUGACUCAAAUAAAAGGCGUUGAUUACCCUUAUAUUAUUUAAUUCAGGAUUUUCUGUGAAGUUAGAAUCAACACAUCUUUUGUAAAAGUGUUCAUUAGCCCAUCACUAAAUUUGUAUCAAUAGUAAAUAUUAAAGAAGUCCUUUUGGUAGCCCCAUCCAUAACCCUCUUAGUUAGAGCAUUUUGGAUAUUCUUGACUCUAUCAUACCCGUUUAUUUGCAUCAAACACUGCAGCUUGUGGGCAUCUUGAAUGCUCUCUCGAAUGGCAAACUUGAUAAGUUCCUCAUUUAUGCCUUCCUGCUCAAAGACAUCCAUUUCUAUAUCAAGGGGAAAAGUGAGGAUUAUUGUCAUAAAAUCAAAACGACAGUUCCGUGCAAAAAUCGAACAUGCACAACUUCUAACAUGUUAGGGUCACAUCUAUCUGUACUUUAUGCUUUUGUCCACGGCUGCAGGCAUGCGGCCUUGUUUAUCAGCAGAGGGCUGCAGGCACAGUGUCACCCCUGCUCGAAAUGGUGUCAUAUGUGGUGGAGGUUCCCUUCCCCUGUCCUCCCUCCGCCUCAUGGCGUCCCCUCUGCAGCUGACGUACUCGUACAUCUGGCAGGUCAUACGGCAGAGGAACGUCAAGCAGUACGGCAAAGUGGAGGAGUUUGUGACCAUGGUGACGCAGACUGUUCCCGAUCUCAUCACCUUCAAGCAGACUGCCCAGCUCAUCCUGGGGCUGCGAGCCAGGAUCAUUUUGGAUCUGCUUCACAAAGAUGGACCACCAGAUUCCAGGGCUAUUCAAACCCUCAUAAAUAAGUUGAAGGUCUCUUCAUCUUUAGGGAAGGAUGCAGAAGUGGAGAAAUCUCAAACAAACUUCAUGGUGCUGGUCCAGAAUCUGCUUAAAAACCCAGCUGAAAGGAAGCGCUUCUUCCAGGAUGUGUUCCCUGUUCAGUACGGCACAAAGUUUGACACGGCACUGCAGGCCCUUACCGCAGGUCUGGUGUGCAAGCUGGAGCAAGUUCUUCCUGUACCCAAUCUCUCCCAGCUUGGUACCAUGAUCUCGGCGGAGCCCUCUGUCCUGGAGGCAUGUGGAGGCUUCAUCCCCGACACCGGGGACCUGAAGACGCUCCUCCUGCACCAGCAGUCCAAGGGACUCCUUGGUGUUAAAGCAACAAUCUCGUCCUCGGUGGGAAACUGUGUGCUCUCUUCACUCGCCUUCCGGCCCAAACCAGUAGAACCACCACCUCCGCCUCCGCCUCCGCCGCUGCCGCCACCAGAGUCACCAAAGCGACUAGAGGUCCCUGAACCCACCCCGGCCCCCCUCAGUGACAGUGAAGACCCGGGAGUGAUGUCGGACACCUCCGACAGCCCGGCAGACCCAGCUGCUGGACCACAGGGGAGAGGGCGACAUGCUCAUAAAUCAGCCAACGACGCAGCUGAAAAGGAAAAGAGUGUCCCAACAGCAGCUCAGGGGGAGAAUGUGGUGCAAGAGAAAGGUUCUGCACAGGAACAGCCUGCCACGACUCUGCAAAGCACAGGGGAAGGCGCGGUGCCAGAAGCGGCAGAUAAACCGGAAUCACAGCGGCCUCCCUUGAAAUCCAUCCCCUUCCGGGUAGUUCAAAUGCCGAUCAAACCCGCACACAGUGCAGGCAACGCGGGAGCGAAAGACGGCCAAAAGCCUCAGACCCAGCGGGUAACGUUGCAUCAGUGGGUGUCGCAGAUUGCCACGAACUCGCUCUCCCUCCCGGCCCUGCCGCCGCUCCCGCCUGCCAGGUUCGGCGCAGGGGACGACAUGAAGCCCAGCAUUCGAAGAAAAAAGCAGAUCCGGCCCCCGGCUGACAGAUUCACCUGCGGCGUGUGCGACAAGAGCUUCCCGUAUCAGUCCAAGCUCAUGGACCACGAGCGCAUUCACACGGGCGAGAAGCCGUUCGCAUGCCCGGCGUGCAGCAAGAGCUUCAGAACACAGGCGUUCCUCAACAACCACCUGAAGACCCACAGCACGGCGCGACCGUACGCCUGCGGCCAGUGCGGGAAGUGCUUCAACAAGCUGCAGAGCCUGACGAAGCACAUGCUGGCCCACAGCGGCCAGAAGCCCUUCUACUGCAACAUCUGCAACAAGGGCUUCACGCAGUCCACCUACUUCAAACGGCACAUGGAGUGCCACACGAGCCAGAUGACGUUCCCCUGCAAGCACUGCAGCAAAAGCUUCCCGACGGCGUUCAAGCUGUCGAACCACGAGCGCUGGCACACCCGAGACCGGCCUCACAUGUGCGAGCGCUGCGGGAAGCGGUUCCUCGUGCCCAGCUUGUUGAAGAGGCACAUGGGCUACCACAUCGGCGACCGCCAGUACCUCUGCUCCCAGUGCGGCAAGACCUUCGUCUACCUGUCCGACCUGAAGAGGCACCAGCAGGACCACGUGCCCAAAGCGAAGAUCCCGUGCCCCGUUUGUCAGAAGAAGUUCUCCAGCAAGUACUGCUUGAGGGUUCACCUGAGGAUCCACACCAGGGAGCGGCCCUACCGGUGCUCCAUCUGCGAGAAGACCUUCACCCAGGUCGGGAAUCUGAAGGUCCACAUCCGGUUGCACACCAACGAGCGCCCGUUCAGCUGCGACGUGUGCGGGAAGACCUACAAGUUGGCGUCCCACCUGAACGUCCACAAACGGACUCACACGUGCAAGAAGCCCUGGACGUGUGAAACGUGCGGGAAGGGAUUCUCCGUCCCGGGCCUCCUGAAGAAGCACGAGCAGCUGCACCUGCGGGACGCAAACCCCGAGUUCGCCGGUAAGCGGAGACACCGGGGUAAGCACAAGAAGCACUCGCUCAAGAGGAAGUACGAUGAGGAAGACGAGGGCAGCGACGAUUAUUAAUCAAAGAAACACCAUUUUGUAUUGAAUAGGGAGGCUCGGAUUAGGAGUUCCAGAGCUAGUGCAGAUCACCGAUAUAAUCAAGAUGAACUAAGUCAGAUAGCUACUGCGGACAUGUCCCUUUGGACCGGGUCAUUUUCAAAGGCUUCCAGUUAUUUCAAGGUUUGUUAGCUUGUGGUGGAGAUCAGGUAAAUAUGAUGGUCUGGGUAGUGAAAACACUUUUAGAAUGAUGUUAGAAUCAUUUUCUUUCUUCUCAUCAGCAGUUUUAAAGAUUACUUUGAGUUAUGAUCGGUGGCCUCAAGUCAUUUUCUGGCCAGCUGGAGCAUCUCGAGUAAUCAGUACUGUUUGUCACAUGUGAGAAAAUGACUUUUAGGAAAUCAAGUUACCCUAAGCUGGCACAUUUUGAGAGAUACAAGAUCAUCUCCUUAUUAUUUUUGCAGUUGUUAAUUACUGGUGAUCAUUGUAAUUACAAAAUAAUGUGCAUCAUGUUAACAAUACAACACAAAAUAUUUCAGUGCAUGUGACUUUGGAUAAUUUGUAUAAUGUAAUAAAAUGUUGUAGUGUCUCUAGGAAACAUUUUAUCUUUGUGGAAACUGUAGAGAUUCAAAAUCACCUUUAUCACUCUUUGUAUGUAACCCUCAACUGUUAACCUUACGAUUCCUCCGCUUUUGUUUGAGAGUGAAAAUAGGCGGAUUUUUUUCCAGCCGUAGGUGCCGUGAUAUUGCUGCAGCACAAGAAAGUAUGAUCAGUUUUAUUUAGCUUGGACACAGUAAACUUUAUGCAAAUGUGCUGUGAAUCGUAUCUACUCCAUUACCUUCUGCUAUUGUGAGCUGCCGUGUAUACAAGCCAUGAAGCAAUAUAACUGUUUUUGGUGUUUUGCAGAAAAAUAAAUGGCAGCACAUAA